AUGAGGCUGCUCUUGCUGGCGUGCCUCCGAGCGCAGACCGGCAACGCGACCACCGCGGAGAGGAUACAGAAUCAUCUCCGUGCUGCAGGUCAUAUCUGUGUUCUUAAAGAUGUUUUCAUGUAUGAAACUCCAGCUGAAAUAGCAAAUCUAACCUCUACAGACAUGUUUGAUGCAGCCCUGGCCAUUCAUCUUUAUAAGGGAGGCAGACUUCUGCAAGGUAGCAGAAUUCCUUUUGGAAUCAUCUUUGGUGGGACAGAUAUAAAUGAAGAUAUCAAAUGUGAAGAAAAACAUCGUGUGAUGGGAGCAGUGCUACGAGAAGCCAGGUUUGCAGUGGCUUUCACAAUGAAGAUGAAGGAACUGGCAGCAUCAGAGUGGCCAGAUGCUAGGAAGAAAAUAUAUGUCCAAACUCAAGGAAUUAAGACUACACCCAGUGAAACAUUUGACUGGUACAGAUUUCUAGGAAAUGCAGGCAUUCCUACAGACACAGACAGUUUACAUCUGUUCCUUUUGAUAUGUGGACUUCGAAGAGUCAAGGACCCUCUCUAUUUAGUAGAUGUAUUUUCAGACUGGCACAGAAAGGAUCCCAGUGUCCAUUUGGGCAUAAUUGGACCUGCAGUUGAUCCACUUUUCACAGGUGAAGUUAAGGAAAAAGUCAAAAGGGCACCAGGAGUACAUUUAUUACAGGAGAUGCCACAGGAUGAUCUUCAUGCUGUUGUAAGAAGGUGCUUUGCUGUGGUGAACAGCUCCAUUUCAGAAGGGAUGUCUGCUGCAAUUCUGGAGGCCAUGGAUUUAGACAUUCCAGUGCUUGCAAGGAAUAUUCCUGGGAAUGCAGCAAUAAUAAAACAUAAGGAAACAGGGCUGCUAUUUUCAAAUCCUCAGGAGUUUGUUCUGCUGUCUAAGAGUUUGAUGAACGACCCCGUUAUGGAAAAAGAAAUUGUAACAAGGGCCAAAGACUACGUGAAGAAACAUCAUUCAUGGGAAAGUGAAAGAAAAGUCUAUCAGAAUCUUGUCCUGAGACUCCAGUGA